AGUCCCACCUGGAGAGCCCCCAAUGAGAGGCACAAGGAGGGGCCAGAGGCACUCGGGGAUCUGUGUAGGGGAAUGAAAGCCGGAGAGCGAGGCACCGCUACCGUCAGUCAGUAUAGGGGCAGUUUAGGGGAGCUGUCUGUAUAACACUGGGGUGCCUUGGGGUGGGACACAGAGUGACAGAAUGAUGUCUGUAAGGUGGCAGUAUUAGCAGGGGCAGAGGAUGGCACAGCUUGGCAGUUGUAGGGUAGCAGAAGUGUAAGUUACAGAUAGUGGCAGUGGGCAGCGGGGGGCACACGCACUAUCAGGCGCCAGCAGUACAUGGGGGGGCAGCACUGUGCCUAACUGUCAGUAUUUAGCUAUAAGUAGUGAGGGACAGAGUAACAGUAGAAAUGCUGGAGGAACCCUGGAUCCGGACUAUGCAGCGUCUCUUCUACCCCAUCAUGUCUGCCUUUGGCAUGCCAGCAAGCAUUAUCACCAUUGCCAUCUUGUGGAAAGGGAACCUGGAGAUGUCCAAGUCCAUCAUUUACUACUUGGUGUCACUGGCCGUGGCCAACUUCCUCCUCAUCCUGGUGGUGACCAUUUUCCGGGACAUCUUCUACUUCUAUGUGGAUGUGACCUUGUGGUGGCCACAGCCAUCUUGUAGCGUCAGUAACUGGAUCUACUUCACUUGCGUUUAUGCGCUCAUCUGGCUCACCGUGGCUUUCACCUUUGACCGCUAUGCCAUAGUCUGCUCCAUGAAACUGAAGCUGUGGUACUGCACUGCCAGGACAGCACGGAUAGUCAUCAUUGCAAUCUACGUGGGCGCGUUUGUGGCAGCCAUGCCCACCUACUGGAUGUAUGUUCCUGUCCGUACCACUCAGCCCGAUGGCUCUCUGUUCCACAUCUGCUCCUUGCACCGCAACCUAAGUUCCAUCCCUUUCCUGUCUGCCUACGACCAUAUCCAGACCACCCUUUGGAUUAUCAUUCCGUUGGUCUCGCUGGUUCUGACAAAUGGGCUGACUGUCUGGCACAUCACGGUCACCACCAGGGUUAGACAAGGCCUGAAAAGCGUCCCAUCUGGGAAAGAGUCUGAAGACCCUGAGGUGGCCAGAAGAAAGAAGUCUAUGACUCUCCUACUGAUGAUCACCAUUUCCUUCCUGGGCCAUUGGCUUCCCAAAAUGGUAAUCAAGGUGGUGGAGAGAUUCACUUACCCUCCUGUCAACCGCUAUGAUUUCUACCAUGUGGUCAAUGUGGUGAGGAUGCUGUGCAACAUGCUGAUCGUCCUGAGCUCCUUCAGCAACAUGUGCAUCUACUCGCUCACCAUCACCAGGUUUAGGGAGGAGCUAUUCCGAGGGGCCAAGUACGUCAUCCGGGUAAUAUUCCGGCACCCCUCCUCUUCCCUCCCACCUCCCAAGCAAGUCAAGAUAUUCUCCAUCUAAGGGCAGAUUGUCCCACACAUGGAAGUGCUAGAGCUUCCCACCAACAUGGAGACCACAUUCCCAUCAUCUGUACAGUCUCCUACUGGUUCAUACAACUAAGAGAUGGUGAAAAUGACUACAGGGGAUUGUGGGGCAGAUGUGAUGCUGCUAGAUGCCCCGUAUGAGUGAUACCUUAAUAACGUUAUGUGUGAUGGUCUCAGUUUCCUCAAUGGACACCAUCACUUGACUAUAAUGCAGUGGGUAGAUGGGCGCCGUCACUUCCUGCCGUGGGUAGAUGGGCGCCGUCACUUCCUGCCAUGGGCGCCGUCACUUCCUGCCAUGAGCACUGUCACUUCCUGCCAUGGAAGUCAUGAGAUUACCUGUUUGUGUCUCGUUAGUGAUGUAGAAUGUUGUAUAAAUAUGGGACUGUCACAUAAACCCAAUAAAUAUGUCAAACCCAGAAACACAUGUC